AUGGCAACGAUAGCGUUCAAGAAAUAUUUCGAGUCGUCAAAAUUUUUGGUGAGCAUGCUGCUAGUGCAAGCAAUCGGGACCGGGAUGCAACUGCUUUCCAAGGUCAUCUUGAAUGACGGGACCUUUAUUUUCGCUCUCUUGGCUUAUCGUCAUGUGGUUGGCGCGGUUUGCGUUGCCCCGCUUGCUCUCUUCUUCGAAAGAGGUAACACAACAAAGCUAAGCUUGAAGGUGUGGUUUUGGCUCUUCAUUAACGCAUUAACCGGAGUAUCAUUGUCUAUGGGACUAUUCUACUACGGUCUCCGGGAUACAACUGCAACAUAUGCUAGCAACAUCAUAAGCAUAACCCCGGUCAUCACUUUUGUCUUUUCCAUCAUUCUAAGAGUAGAGUCGUGGGGCUUAAACACUAGAGCAGGUAAAGUGAAGACAAUAGGAGCAAUACUCUGUGUCGCAGGUGCAGCCACCACCACCUUCUACCAAGGAAAAUCGUUCCAUAUCAAUCAUCAACACUCUCCCUCUCAUGCUAUCACCAAGGAUAUUCCAUCUAAUUGGACGAGAGGCACGCUUCUGCUGAUCGGAGCCUGCCUAUCGUAUGGUAUCUGGUUCAUAGUGCAGGUUAAGCUGAUCAAAGUUUUCCCGUUGAAGUAUUGGUCCACGAUGUUGACAUGCAUCAUCGCGUCCGGGCAAGCAAUGAUUGUAGGCCUGUGUAUCGAUCACAGCAGGAAAUCAUGGAGUCUGGGAUGGAAUCUGCAGCUGCUCACCAUUGUCUACUCGGGAGCACUGGUAACAGCUAUGGCUUUCUGCUUGAUCUCUUGGGUGAUUGUGAAGCGAGGCCCUACCUAUCCUUCCAUGUUCAACCCGUUGAUUCUGGUCUUCAUUACUGUGCUAGAAGCUCUCUUACUCGGCGAGGCGAUCCACCUCGGAACUUUAGUGGGAUCAAUUCUGAUCCUAAUGGGAAUAUACUCCUUCUUAUGGGGAAAAAGGAAGGAAUUGAUGAUGAAUCGGCAGCCUCCGGUCAAGAACGUGGCGCCUAUGGAUGUUGAGGCAAUGGUCACUGAACCUACAGCGAUCCCGCCACCAAAAGCGACAAGUAUCUUGCCAAGCAAUUCACCAGAGCAAUAG